CGUCGUUCGCUAUGAGAGAAUUAAUAAUCUAUAUAAAUUGCAUUAUAUUUAUAUAGUAACCGCAUCGAAUGCCAGCUUUCUUUUUUCUAAAGUAUCGUUAAGUCUACGCACCUACGUUUUGUUUUGAUUAAAGCCUAUUUAGACGAGGUAGCGGCAAUAUUAUUGUUAACAUUAGUUAGAGGAUCCGAAGCAGUGCUGCCAGGGGCGCGGAAGUGUACGACGGCAAGACGAUCAUGGAGUAUUUCAAGUCUAGUUUAAAGAAUGUUUUGGGUGCACAGCAAGGUGGGGGACAGCCGUCUGGUGCUGAAACGGUGGAGCGACUGGUCGAUCGGGUGCAGACGUCCACACUCCUAGAUGACAGACGGGACGCCGUGAGAGCACUGAAAGCAUUAUCGAAGAAGUUCAAGCUGGAGGUGGGGGCGCAGGCGAUGGCGGCGCUCGUCGAGGUGCUGCAGACGGAUCGCUCGGACACGGAGACGGUCGGAUAUGCCGUAGACACGCUCGUCAACGUCGUUUCACAGGAGACGGGCGACGAAGAGGAGACGACGGAGAGCGCGGCCGACGCCGGCGCCCUCGCCGACCAGUUCACGGAGAUCUUCAUCAAGAACUGCGACAACGUGUCCCUCGUGCUCGACCUGCUCGACGAGUACGACUUCCACGUGCGAUGGCCGACGGUAAAGCUGAUGACCGCACUGCUGUCCAACAGGGUCAAGGACAUACAGGAGCAGAUCCUCACGAACCCGAUGGGCGUGUCCAAGCUGAUGGACUUGCUCUCCGAUAGCCGGGAGGUGAUCCGAAACGAUACGCUGCUGCUGUUGCAAAAGCUCACCAAGGGACAUGCGAACAUACAGAAGAUUGUUGCGUUUGAGAAUGCGUUCGACAGACUGCUGCAGAUAGUGUCUGAGGAGGGCAAUAGCGACGGAGGCGUCAUCGUCGAAGACUGCGUUCUGCUGCUGCCCAAUGGUUAA